ACUCAACAACCACACUAACCCCAUUAUAUAAUAUUAUAUAUAUAUACACCCAAUUGCAAAGAUUUUUGUUUCACUUUUAAUAAAAUGGAAAUUUUAACUUACAAUACCAUUUCCUUUCUAUUCCUUUACUUUUUCGUCUCCGUUUUAUGCCAGAAUGGUUCCGAUAUCAGCCCGAUAAGUUCGCCGUCACCAUUUGGUGUCUCGACUAAACAGUUAAUCUUUAAAGACCGGAGACUGGCCGUUGUUUACCCUAUAAUCCAAGCGUUCAAGGCAACCAUCACGGAAGAUCCACUUAACCGGACUGGAAAUUGGGUUGGAGGUGACAUAUGUAACUACACGGGCUUUUACUGUGAUAACCCGCCUGAUAACUUGUCCGCCAUUGCCCUCGCCGGCAUUGACUUCAAUGGUUUCUUGUUAGGUGCACCGACUCUCGAAGGUUUCAUCGAUAAGUUGCCGGACCUUGCUAUCUUCCAUGCAAACUCCAACAAGUUUGCCGGGUCCAUACCAGACGUCUCGCAGCUCAAGUACUUUUAUGAGUUGGACGUAAGUAACAAUGUGCACGCCGGUACAUUUCCGAUGACGGUCAUUGGCGUAAAAGAUUUGUCGUUUGUAGACAUCCGUUUUAAUCUAUUCUCCGGUUCGGUCCCUCCCGAAAUUUUCAACCAAGCACUCGAAGUACUCUUCAUUAACAACAAUGAUUUCACCGCCAAACUACCGGAAAACUUCGGUUCAACACCGGUUCGUUACCUCACUUUGGCUAACAACAAGUUAACCGGUUCGAUCCCACGAAGUAUCGGCAACCUCAACAUGACAUUGAUCGAAGUACUACUGCUGAACAACAAGUUAACAGGUUGUCUUCCUUACGAAGUAGGGUUUUUAAAAGAACUCAAGCUCUUUGACGUUGAAGACAACCUUUUAACGGGUCCAUUGCCAUGUUCACUGUCCUGUUUGGACAAGAUCGAGCUGCUCAACUUGGCUAAUAACCUGUUUUACUGGGAAGUGCCUGAAGAACUGUGUGCGCUUGUCAACUUGGAGAAUUUGACGUUGUCGGGUAAUUACUUCACUAAAGUUGGUCCUGCUUGCAGAAAGCUGAUAAAAAAUGGCAUUCUUGACAUGACACAGAACUGUGUCCCUGAUCUUCCCCACCAAAGAUCGUUGCUUGAAUGCACAGAGUUCUACUUGAAGUACAUUAGGUUUUGCCCGUACCCUGAGACGUAUAAAAUCAUACCCUGCAAGGAUGGUUAUCACCAUCAUUGGGAAGGGUCCAAAGCCAAGACCAUGAAAGCACCUGUUACUUACAAGACUCUUUCAAGACACAAGUUUUAAGGUUUAUGUUUUUUUUUCCUUUGUUUUUACUAAUAUGGGUUAAUAUUUGAUGUAUCUUUAAUGCAUAAGUUUUAUUUGUUAUCGGUGAAAA